AUGCAGACGAUAUACUCUCGGAUCACGAUUCUAGAGUUCGCGGAAAUUCAGCCGGGGAAAGCGUCGGAGAGGGGGCAGCCGGAGGAGGGGGGAGGUGGGGGAGGGGACGACGCCGACGAUCCUUCUUUGGUGCUAGCCGGAUCGCGGGUCAUGCUAUUGGACGACUCGAACAACGUGUCGAGUCUUUACAACAAGCGAACCGUCUGGACGCGGUCCUACUGGGACAACCUCGCGUCGCUGGCCCCGUUAUUGUCACACGAGCUCGGCUCUGGCGGGAACGCGCCCCUGCCCGGGCCAGUGGCGCUGCUGGGGCUGGCAGGGGGCUCCGUGGCUCGCAUUAUAAGAACGCAGUGGCCGGAGGUUGGCGUGCAGGCGUGGGAGAUCGACCUAGUGGUGGUGGACAUGGCUCGUCGCUUCUUCUCCCUCGCCUCCUUGGAAAAACCCUCGUUCGAGGGAGGCUACCUGCAUGUGACUGUAGGCGAUGCACUUCUAGCAGCUCCAGUCCCUUUACAAGGCACCAGUUUAUCUGCUGAAGCUGUUACUGUAGAUCAUGCUACUGUAGAUGAUGCUACAGCCGGGCAGCAGCAGUUCAGUGGCAUCAUAGUGGAUCUCUUCUCAGGUGGUGCCGCCCUCCCUCAGCUAGCAGACGAAGCCACCUGGCGGCACCUGAAGAACCACCUGAGCCCUGAAGGCAGGGUGCUGAUCAACUGCGGUGGACCUAGCAGCUGCUUCGGCGAAUACCUGAAAGCAAGCUCCGAGCAAAGCCAGUCUGCCGAACCAGAAGCAAAGGAGGGGGGUCGAAUGGCUGAAAUAGCAGCAGCAGCCAGGGGUGAUCCCGGUAUGAGGCGAUGUGCCGAGGUGAUAGAGGCUAUGAGGAAAGUUUUUGACGGGCAGGUGCUGAUCUACUGCACCAGCGGGUCAGAUAGAAACAUUUUCGCAUUGACUGGGCCGCCCCCUGAUUCUGACGCCUGGGAGGAGAAGCUGCCCGAACAGAUCAAGGGAGCUGCUAGAGGCUGGAGCGCAAAUGAAGAUGUGUACAGUUUAUUAGCCUCCAAACUAGUGUAG